AUGGACGGCCGGGCUUCAGCAGCAGCAGCAGCAGCAGCGGCAGCAGCAGCAGCAGCAGCAGCAAAUGCUGCUGCUGCUACAGCAGCAGCAACAGAGGAGCAGCGGCCGCAGCUGGGGUGCAUCAGCAGCAGCAGCAAGCGGCAUAUGUGGGCGCUGCUGCUGCUGCUGCUGCAUAAGCAGCAGCAGCAGCACAGCUGCGCUGCUGCGCAGCUGCAGCAGCAGGCUGCAGCAGCAGAAGCACAACAGCAGCAGCUUCAGAAGCAGCAGCAACAUCUGCAGCAGCUGCAGCAGCAACUAGCAGCAAGCUGGCGACAGGCACAGCAAAGCCAUGCUGCAGCAGCAGCUCGAUAUACAGCAGCAGCAGCAGCAGCAGAGGAAUCCCUAGAAGCAGCAGCAGCUGCUGCAGCACGUCAUAGGCAGCAGCAACUGCAGCAGCAGCAACAGCAGCAGCAGCAGCACGAGGAGGAGCAGCAGCAGCAUGCGGGCGACAUAGCAGCAGUAUCAACAACAACAGCAGCAGCAGCAGCAGCAACAGCAGCAGCAGCAGCAGCAGCAGCAGCAGAGAAGCAACUGAAUUCUGCUGCUUUUGCUGCUAGAACGCGCAGCCGCAUCCAUGUGUCUGUGGCGCUGCGGCUGCUGCAGCAGCUUUCGGGUGUAUCUGCAGCUCGUGCUGCAGCAGCAGCAAGCAUGAAGCAGCAGAUAUGCUGCCGGUUUGUUGAGUUGCAGCAGCUGCUGCAGCAGCACAAACUGCAGCAGCAGCAGCAGCAGCAGCAAGUCCUCACAAACCUCAGAAUGCUGCUGCAGCACGAGUCCCUCCUGCUGCAGCAAACCGCCACAACUGCUGCAGCGCAGCAGCAGCAGAUGCAUGCAGCUGCUGCUGCUGCUAUGCCUCCAGGAAAGAAAAGCAGUGCUGCUGCUGCUGCUGCUGCACCUGCUGCUGCUGCUGCUGCAAUGCCGCAGACGCUGAAUGUGUCUGCAGCCCGCUGCGUCAGCAGCAGCAGCAGCAGCAGCAGCAGCAGCAGCUACCUCGACAGCAGCAGCAGCAGCAGCAGCAGCUACCUCGACAGCAGCAGCAGCAGCAGCAGCAGCAGCAGCAACAGCAGCAGCAGCAGCAGCGAUGUGGCUGCUGCAGUUGCUGCAGCAGAUGAGAGAGCGAAGCAGCAAACAAACAGGAUAAGAAGCAGCAGCAGGAUGCUGAGGUGUAUGUACACCCUAACCCUCUCCCUUAUAGACGCACUCAAGGAAUACACAGAGCUGCUGCGAGCUGCUGCUGCAGCACAGCAGCAGCAGCAGCAGCAGGAGCAGCAGCAGGAGCAGCAGCAGGAGCAGCAGCAGCAGGAGCAGCAGCAGCAGCAGCAGGAGCAGCAGCAGCAGCAGCAGGAGAGGCCGCAACAGCAGCAGCAAGCAGCAGCAGCUCAUCGUGCGACUGCUACUUGGAGGACGUAUGAAGCAGCAGCAGCAGCAGCAGCAGCAGCAGCAGAGCAGCAGCAGCAAGCGUUGAGAGAAACAGCAGCAACGCUGCACCUGCGAGCCAUGCCGCAGCUAACAGUAGCAGCAAAUAGACUCAGAGCAGCAGCAGCACUGCUGCAGCAGCAGCAGCAACAGCAGCAGCAGCAGCAGCAGCAGCAGCAGGGAGGGUUUCAGGGGGAAUUGUUGCUGCUGCAGCAGAGUGGAGACGAGCAGCAGGCAGCAGCACAGGAGCUGCUGCGCAGCAGCAGCAGCAGCAGCAGGGAGGGCCUCAGGGGGAAUUGUUGCUGCUGCAGCAGAGUGGAGACGAGCAGCAGGCAGCAGCACAGGAGCUGCUGCAUGCAGCAGCAGCAGCAGCAGCAGCAGCAACAGCAGAAGCAGAAGAAGAAGAGAGCUGCAGCUUAUGAGCCUCCCCCCAGCCUCUGCAGCAGCAACCGUGCUGCUGCUGCUGCCUCUGUGGUGCUGUUGCUGAUAUUGGAUUUCUGCUUCGUGCUGUAUGGGUGUUCGGAGCGAGCUGCAUCAGCAGCAGGCUGGUGGCUACAGAAGCUGCACGUCGUCUCCACCAUGGACAGCGGCAGCAGCAGCAGCAGCAGCAACAGCAGCAGCAGUAGCAGCAGCAGCAGCAGCAGCAGCAGCAGCAGCAGUGAUGUCUUUUUUACUGCAGCAGCAGCAGCAGCAGCAGCAACAGCAGCAGCAGCAGCAGCAGCAACAGCAGCAGCAGCAGCAACAGCAGCAGCAGCAGCAGCAGCAGCACAGCAGCAAGACAGCAGAAGAGACAGGGCAUCGGAUCGUCGUCUGAGCAACAGGAGCAGCAGCUUCGACAGCUACAGCUUCCCCAGCAGCAGCAGCAGCAGCAGCAGCAGCCGCGGCAGCAGCAGCCGCAGCAGCAGCAGCAGCAGCAGCAGCAACAGCAGCAGCAGCAGUCGCAGAGAAUCUGUCGCGCUGCACAGCAGCAGCAGCAGCAGCAGCAGCAGCAGCAGCAGCAACGCUCUUGUUGUUGCCUCUGCCCCCGCAAUUGCAGCAGACGAUUGGACAAGCAGCGACAAAGCAGCAGCAGCAGCAGCAGCAGCAGCAGCUGCUGCUGCUGCUGCUGCUGCUGUCAGUGACUACUUCCUGGCUAUGCCUCUACAACAGCAGCAGCAGCAGCAGCAAAAGCAGCAGCAACAGCAGCAGCAGCAGCAGCAACAGCAGCAGCAGCAGCAGCAGCAGAUAGAAUGGAGAAAGGAGCAGGACGGAAGGACUGCUGCUGCAGCUAUUAGAAGGGAUACCGCUGAAACGACAGCAGCAGCAGCAGCAGCAGCAGCAGCAGCAGCAGCAGCAGCAGAAGCAGCAGUCAGCAGGGAGGCCCCUGCAGCUGAUGCAGCACUGCUGAGCAGCAGCAGCAGCAGCAGCAGCAGACUGCAAUCCGACAGCAGCAGCAGCAGCAGCAGCAGCAGGGGCUUCAGCUUCUUCUCGACCCCCCGCCUAAUUCACCACCCCUCUGGCUCUUCAUUGAUAGGAGAAGCAGCAGCAGCAACAGCAGCAACAGCAGCAACAGCAGCAGCAGCAACAGCAGCAGCAACAGCAGCAGCAGCAGCAGCAGCAGAGCAGCAGCAGCAGCAGCAACAACAGCAGCAGCAACAGCAGCAGCACCUCCUGCUGCAGCAGCAGCAGCAGCAGCAGCAGCAGACAGCGUCUCCCUAG